CCAGUCGGAUCUGUUCACCUUUUGGGGCCUGAUGAGGUUCUUUGGUUCAUGCGAAAGGUUACGAACGUGGUUUAAGGAGGGGCGCAUAAAUCAACCUCCUCCAUCGGUCCCCCUUCUUUAGAAAUAUGUUUCAGCUUCCUCGCUCACACCCACCGCAGCCUUUUAGUCCAGUUUCUUUUUUUACCCGUAUUAGAGUCAAGUGCUAACAUACUUGGUUUGUUUAAAGGGUUCGGUAGUUUUUUGGCUGUGCCAAACAAACUAAUUAAUUGUUAAGGUUUUCUUCAUCAAAGGCGCUUUAAUGCAGAAUUUAGAAGAGCCACUUUCUCUGUCCUUGGAAGAUGAUUUGUAGUUUUAAAGCUGAAAUCCCAGAAGUAUUUUCUCAAAAGCAAGUGUGGCUUCAUGGUGUAUUCUGAAUGAACAGGCAUGGGGUUAGGCUCUUAAUAUAAAGAGGGGCCGGUGGGUAGGAUAACAUUUAUGGCAUCAUUGUUUUAUUCCUUUGCUUUGUAGUUUUAUUCAUCCUUACCCCAAACAGUGCAACGCAGCAUAUUUGGUAUCCCCGCACCCUCUUUUUUAUCUUCACAACAACCCAGAAAGGUAGACUAGGCUGAAAGAGGCUGUUACCCAAUGAACACCAUGGCUUGGUGGCAACUUGAAACUGGAUUCCCUCAGUCCUGUGCUAAGCAGUAUGGUGUGACCUGCAUUUUUUGCAUGUUUAGGGUAAGAGGCCUUGAGAGUACAUUCCAGCCAGUUCUGCAGGGCUUCCUUAUGGGUCGACCAGUGGAGGGUUGCACCAUUAAAUCCCAGCCUUACGCGUUUUUAACUUCCAAGUACCUAUAUAUUCAGUUGCCUUGCAAGUGCUCAAUAAAGAAAUUAAUAAUGUUGUUUUUUAACACAGUCAUGUAGCUCUCAGUCUGUAUCUUUACCAAGGUAGUUUACAUUUUAAAGCAAACUUGCAUUUUCUUGCUUCUCAGUAAAAUAUUCCAAAGGUAGGGGACAGCAAUAGUUUGAAUAAAAUAUUGCAAAAGUGAUCUUUUAAAAAAUCAUAUAUUUAGCUUGUGCUGAUUGCAGUUAGUGUAUGAAUGAAAAUCCAUCCCACUUUCCUUGCAGCUUUUCUACUCUUUCUGGCUGCAGUCUAAAAUCUGUCCCUGAAACUCUUGCAUUUGGAAACUGCCGUGUAGGAGACUAUACCAUUUGUCCAUCUAAUUCAGUAUUAUUUAUUCCAAAGUACAGCAUCUUUCUGUAAUCCCAGGGCUCUUGGGAUUUUCUGCUGGCAGACCACGUGCUUUUUCUACCUUCCUCUCUCUAGAAGUUUGUGAGGAAGCUGCCUUGGUUGUGAGGAAGCUGCCUGGUAGGUAGCUCAGGUGCUACCUACCAGGCAAUUUGAAUUAUAAACUUCCAGAAUCCCUUGCCACUGGCUGGGGCUUAUGGGAGUUGUGCUCCAGAAUUGCUGGAAGGCAGUAGGUGGCUUACCUGGAUUUAGAUCAGCUGACAGUUCAAGGGUCUUUCCUACCUCUCUAAGGAUUGUUUAGCAUGUUGUUCCCUGAGCUAUUAACCCGCAUUCCUUCUGCGUUCUCUUCUUUGCUCAGUGUAGUUUUGCUGGGGAGAGAGAUGGUGGGAAAUUUUGCAGUGCAGGUGCUCAUCAGAGCCACGCCUCCAAGGAAAGUCCAACAAUUCUUGCAGCUAUGUGAAUGCAUAUCAACAUUGUUGAAGCAUUGUUCAUCUCCAGCUGGAACGGAGCUUUGGUUAACUAUUGGAUCUUAGUUAAGAAUAGGCAGACAUGCAAUUUUUGAGUUUAUUGAGGUUCUCCAAAUCCUCCCAGGAAGCUUGCUUCUCCUCUUCUGUGUUUCUAAAUCUGUGCAUCUUUUUAUUUCCUAAAACAGGAAAAAGUAUAUUUUUAAAGUGUGCAUUUUUUCCAAUUGUAGAAAUGUAUUUUCAAAAAUAUGAAAUGGUCGGAAAUACAGAGUUUUGGGGAAAGUAUGCAUUUGCACAUAUGUAUAUUGUUGGAUGAGAACAUAAGUUCAGGAAAUUGCAAACACUUCCCGAAAAAAAUGUUCUUGUUUUUUCACCUUUCGAGUUGGAAACAGGACAUCUUUGCAUGAUUUGCAAACAGGGACACAGUGAACAUACAUCUUAACUGAAAGUUAAGGCACCCCAAAGUGCAUUGCAACAGAGAAUGAAAUAUUGCUGCAAAAAUUCAUUUCCCUCUCAGCUACUGUGAAGAUUGCAGCCACGCUCAGAGGGGGCAGGAAAGUCUGAAGGGCGUUUGUGGUUUCGGAUGACCUCGGUUUCCCUGCUAGUAAAUGGUGUUGGCACCGUGUCCCCCUGUGAGCCUUGGACUCCACCACAGGACGGGAGAGGUCUUUAUACGUGCCCUCUCUGGUUCUCCCAACAGGGCCAGCUGGAGCGACAGGAUCCCGCCCCGAGACACGCGGAGUGGAGGGAGCCCACUGGAGAGGCCUCUGCAUGCUCCGCGGCUGUGCGCCUCCCUGCGAGAGAAGGGGGGUCUCCCUCAGCUUGGCAGCCUUUGCCCUCCCCUCCCCGCUCAGUCAUGGUGGGUCACCUGCAGCUGCAAGGCAUGGAAGACAGCCUAAAAGAGAAGAACCGGGAAGGCUUGCUGGAUAGCCCAGAUUCGGGGCUGCCGCCCAGCCCGAGCCCGCCAUUCUACUCCUUGUCUCCAGGCAUCGCUGAGAGCAGAGCAGGGGGCAGCGGCUCUUCCAUGGAAUUCCUGGGGCACAGGAAGGAUGGCAGAGAAGGGAAACUGAUCCCUUAUGUUCUUCUGAAUGCCUCUGCAUCAGAAAUAAGGCCAAGACUGUACCCUGUGUUUUUUGGAGAAAGCAUAGAGGUCAACCCUGAACCAGCACAAGAAAUUAGGUGCAACUCCGAGAUAAAAUACGGUUCUGAGAGGCAUUACAGGGACGACGUUUUCUACUGCCCGAUGCCCACCAUCACCACGUACCGAGAGACCGUCAUUGCUGCUCCCAAUUGCACUUGGCGGAAUUACAAGUCCCAGCUCAUCUUUGAGCCUCGCCAGAAGCCCCUGAGAUUCCAGAGCACGACCAUCAUCUUCCCUAAACACGCCAGGAACAUUUACCGAACGACCCUCAACUGCAGCCUGGGUUCUGCCAAGAAGUGGUUUGCUUCGAGUGUGCAGCUGGAGCUCUGUGAGGAAAACAGCCCGUGCAUCGUCUACACAGAGACCCUUUAAUGCAAAAGUUUGCCUGCUGGAGAACUCUUGACUGAGGGCAUCCAUUCCGUGGCACCAGCGUCCUUAGUUUUAACACCCAGUCUUGGAGGUGCACAAUCCAAGUGUUCUGCCUGCUCGGAGAAGCAGCCGAGGGAGAUACUCUCAAGUGUGAAAUGGCUAGAACUCGGUUCUGAUACCUCUCAGCCUUGGAUUCAACCUGUUUAAUUAGCACUUAAACGCAAUCUUAAUACUUGUUUGCCUUAAAAAAAACAGUGCUGCUUUUAUAGGAUUGGGGGAGUUCCACAUUAGCAUGUGGAUUGCUGCUGAACAUUACCUUGGAGAAGACUAUUAAUGUGGAAGAAGACACUCUCCAGUUUGGGAACUUAGCUUGCAAAGACCAGGUAGAUGGUGGCAGGCAGUUUUUAGCCAUAUUUAACAUUAAUUCUGAAAGCUUAACUAGAAUCCCAGUUCAGUGAUUGUAAUGUGCUUGGCAUGGUUAACUCUUAGAUGCUGCCAUUGAAAUGAACGGAAAGGCCAGUGGCACCUUUUUUGCAGUGGGUGAGGAGUUGCAGGAUCAAGCCAGAAGCCAAGGUGUUUACAGCGCCUGGUGAUUAACUGCAAAGGAAGCCAAGAAGACGAUUCCUUUGGCAAUGGCCGCCUUCUGCAGUGGAUGCAAUAUUUGGAAAGGUUUAGUAUAAUGUUUGGGAAAGAGUUUACAUAUGAACUCAUUCCUUCAGAAGGCUCAAUUUUUUGACAAUCAAAUUGUAAAAUAGUAGCUUUUUAUAAGACAGUGUAUGGGACCAAAGGCCUUUUUUUACUUUCUGUGAUAAAGGACGAUAAAACUCAGGCCAUGGUUCCCCAGUUAUGAAGCAUGGCACUCUGGGGGUAUGAAACAGAAAGCUGCAUUUGCUCACAAUUGCAGAUCGCAGGCCUAGUAUAGGAUAACACGUGACUGGAGAAAAAGGAAGGGAAGGAGCUUGGAAAUGGUGGUUGACUUGUGUAAGCUGCCGUGUUCUAAAAUCAUGCGUAGGAUGCACUGCCGAGAUUCGAUCUGCUUGAACAUCUUUUAAAGAUAACGUUUUUGAAUGAGGAAAGUUGCAUAAUUAGCAUUAAUUGUGCAGCUAAUGUACGACAAUUAUUUGAUCUCUGUUAUGCUGCUUAGAGAGAGUGCUCUUUUGAAUGGAGAGCAAUGAGUUGGUGACUCUGUAUCCAACAAUAAGCCACAAAUCCAGAAAAUUCCUAUUGUGGAUAGGCUAUUCAGUCUUGCUUAGCUCCUUGGACCAGUGGGAGUGGCUAAACAAACCAGGUUAGUAUGCUUUCCAAGCUAGAGCUCCUGGCUUGUUGACCCCUUUUAUAAGGUAGAAUUGCAAACCAGGAUUUGUUCUUGGUGGGAGAUUCCUGGUUGGUUUGGGAGAAACAAGCCAGGAUAACACUAGAUAAUGCAGUCUGUUUGGCUGUUCCUACAGAUUGGAGAAGCCAGGUGAGCUGAAUGCACGCAUGUGUAAAGCAUGCAGCAUGUUCGUGGGAAACCAGGAUUCUCCAUGUUUUGGCUUACCUUUGUAUUGAAAAUAACCCUUACAUCAACUGCGUAUGCAGCUUAUAACCAUAAUUCACAUACUGGGGGAUUGUUGCAGGAAAUGCAAACAUAUUUUUUUUAAAAAUUACAAGCCUCCAGAACAUGUUAUGCCGGUCCUUGGGGUGGGAGAAAUAUGCAUGUAAAUAGGGGAAUAGGCCCUGAAGGGGUUGUCACAAUCAGCUAUUCUUCUGCAUCUUGGACAACUCUGGUCUUCCCCCCUGCCUUUUAGGCUGGAAAUACAGAGGAGGCCCAUGAGCCUCGGGUGUUGCCUAUAAGGUAACUAGUGUCUCAAAAUGCCACCUUACUGGAUGAUGAGAAAUGUAGUCCAAACCGUUUUUGUCCUGGAGCUUUUUUACAUGGCAGAAUGCAGACCCCGACAGGAAAGAGAGCUUCUCUCUCAUGGCAAGUGUCUGCACUUCGUGGUAUCUUGCCAAGAGAUGAUGGGCUGCAAUCACAUUCGUACGUUCAUUUUAUUUUACAAAUGUGGAGGGUGAGAGGAAAGUUUUGGGGUAAUUAUCUUGAUAACUUGAUAACAUGAUGGUAUGAGGGCUUCCCCCUCCAAAAACCUUGCAACAUCUGAACGUGAUUUUCUGCCAAAGCAGUAUUACUAUGGACUUUAGCCAGGGCAGAUAUGUGAUAGCCCCAUAAUUAUGGCUGACACUAAAUUUAUGUGUUUCCAAGAAUAACAGAUAAAAACGCAGCCUUAUGUAUGACAGAAGACCUAAAUACUAAGAAUAGGGUUUUAGGAUUGCUUUAUCUAUGCUACGUUGUUUAGGGUGGUUGUUAUUUUUGCAAGCAGCAAAAUGAACCCCUUUGCAUAGCGCAUUUUGUACAUAGGUAAGGGAGCUAUUUAUUCCAUUUUUUAAAAAUGGAAUGUUAGUUUUUAAGUGACAGAUCUUUAUAUAUUUAUUUUUGUUCAUGGAGAUUGACAGCUGUUCAGUCCAAGUAAAGCCAGGAGAGCCUUUCCAGAUCAGCACACAGAACUCUCACGUUGUGCCUGCCUUAGUUCAAGCAUGCCAAAUGCUUAUGUGGUUGAAAUGCUUUAAUUCCGAAUGUUCUAUGUUUCACAAUAGUAUACACAAAUGGAAAGUCGUAGAAACCAUUACAAAAACAAGGUCACUCCAGAUGUUUUGGACAACUCUCACUGACCCUCAACCACAGACAUGUUGGCUGGAUUUGAUGGGCACUGUAGUCCAGAAGCUUGGAGGGAUUCAGGUUUGUGGAAGGAUAGUCAGUCUUUGGUGAAGGCGAUUUACCAGCAUGAUUAACCUCCCUGGAUUAUUUUGGGAUGAAUCCAGAUCUAGGUACGUGCAGCUGGGCAGAUGGAGGAUUCUCUUACCCUCCCUCCUGGCCAUGGAAGCCUCUGCAACCCCCUGGACACGCUGGAUGGCUUGUGCAAGGGUGCGACGCCGGGAGGACGUGGCUCCUGGAGACGGGAGCAGAAUUCUUCCAUCAACAAAUGGCACAUCCUGGAUCCAACCCAGUCUUCGGAAGCAUUGGCUUUUCAACCAGGGACCCUUGAUACAAUCGCCACCAAGUUAUUCCCCAUGAGUGGUUGGUUAGCGCUUUUAUUCAUGCCUUUGAUACGAAGGUGCCCUUCCGCUUACAUCUUGCAGUAAGCUGGAAAGAUGAUUUGAUAGCGCAACCUUUUGUGCAAGCAAAAACAUGAAAACUGCCGUAUAAACUACCCUAUUAGCACUGGCUGAAUUUGCAAGCAUUUGCAGAACAGCCCUAGUGGCUAUUUUCCUUCCGCUCAUGGUUCUUGGCCCCAGCCAUCACAUCUGGAUCCAGCACAAUGUUUCCAUCACAGCCGCUCUCGCCGCUGAAGAGCCAAGCCAUCCAUCUGUGUGUGCAGCUUCCUUAAAUCACAGCCUGAAUGUUUUUGUUUUUCCUCUUCCAAAAUCAUCUUUUGUCUCCACCAGGCUUGGAAAUUAGUUUUAUAUAGCAAAGGGAUGGGAUGGUGGGGGGGAGAAUUUCACUGUUUUCAUAGUAGCCUUGUGAAGAUGGCUGUGUGAUCAGUCUGCUCCUUCAUGUUCUGAGUUUUGCUCAUAAAAAAAUAGCAUGCACAGGACAGCACAUGAUGCUCCAUGCUUAGGUACAACCAAAUGCAUGUGGAAGUAGCAAAGGUUGUGAUGGAGGAAAGAUAAAUGGUUGCUGUUAAAGACCAAAUGCACAUUUAGAGUAAUCGGAGACAGGGCCCAUAAAUGCACAGAAUAGGUAUAAAAGUUUUCUGGGAGGGUGCUUCCCUAGGGUUAUUAAUGGAAGGGGCUGUGCAGCUAUUUUGUCUUUUUUUUUUUUUUUUACCUCCAUGGACUUUCUGCAGUAAGAGAGAAGAUGGAAGAAGCAGUGGGUACAGUUGCAACUGGAAGACGACAUCUUCUGGAUCGUGCCCAGGUCCUUGUAAAAUUCUAUAAAAGCCUGGGUGAGGAUGCUAUCAUGUAGAAUCAUGCAGUAUCUCAAAAACAAGUUCCAAACCUCAACAAUUAACUACUUGUAUUUUUCAAGGGGUGGAGGAAAGUUACUAGCCCUAGGAUGGCAAGGACAGGUCCUGAGCUGCUUGAAAUAAUGGUGUAUCUCACCUUUGUAGUGGGCUUUUUCUUGCCCAGAUUCAACACACCCCCCCACACGUCCAGCAGAGCCGUUUCUAAAGCCUAUAAGUGGGAGCAACAGAUAGUCUGCGAGAACAUUGUUCUCCAGCUACAUUUUUGCUCUUGUUUUCCCUAAUGAGGCCAGCAGCCUUCUCCAGGCGUCCUCCAGCUCCACACCCUUCUCCAGGUGGCUUAGAUUACAACACACCAGUGUAGGCAAACGAAGGGCCCUCGGCCCUGCCUCUAGCAAGGAAGCAGACCAAGCCAUUGACCAAAAGAGCACAUUCCCCGCAUGGUCACACCCAGCUUUUUCUCUUCACCACAAUCAGGUACGUUCCCUUAUUUGUCUCUCCGUAUCUGCAGAAAGAGUAAUUGCAUGGCUCCACGGGGAAUUGGGCAGGAUGCAUUCAGCCAGUGGUCCUGUAUUUGCACCAAAAAUUAAGGAUGUGACCUUUUGCAUGUUAAGAGGGGGAAAAGUCCUAAAAUUCCGAGCAUGGCUUGCUGGUGGAAUCCUGGGAGACCAUGGGCCUUUUCCCUGCCUAAAUAUGCAUAGACUUGCACCCUGUGUUUGUUAUGUGUAUUUCUGUUCCGUUUCCUUCGAAUGGGAGUUUCAGAAAAACCUCAGGAGUAGAUCAGAAGUCGUGAAAGUACUUUUUGGCAUUAUGUUCAACUAUUAUGACACUUUUGGAUCCAAUUUUCCAUUCAAGCUCACUAUCUCUGUAAGCCAAGGAAAAUUUCAGUAUGUGAAGAAGGUAGUGAAUGCUGAUUCAGUGGUCAGAGGAAGAUGGAAAAUAAUGGCUCUUUGGACAUAAAUGCAGGAUUAUUUUUUAUAGCUCUGCUCUGCUAAGCGCUUACAGAUUUUUUUCUGUUUUAUAUUUUGUGAUAAGGUAUUUCCGGUGCCUUUAUAUUUUUGUAUCUAUAAAUAUGUUAUCCCCACUGUCUCCUCUUCAGUAUUCUCUUUCUGUUCAACUAAUAUAAAAUAAUUUAAGGAUUUAAAAAAAAUGCUAAAAAAUCCCUUCCUUUCUCAUUAUAUAUAUAUAUCUAUAUCAUAAUAAAAAGAUGGAAUAUCCUCAA